AUGGACUCGACAAGACUUAAAAAACAACACUCAGACCUAAACACACACAAUCUUUUGUCUCCUCCUCCCUCUCUAUCUCUCUCUCUAGCCGAUCGUAAAAAAGUUUGGCAAAACGAUGGACGCGACGAAGCUAAGUGAACUAAAGGUCUUCAUCGAUCAAUGCAAGUCUGACCCUUCCCUUCUCUCCACACCUUCUCUCUCCUUCUUCCGCGAGUAUCUCCAGAGUCUUGGUGCUAAGCUACCUUCUGCUGCUGCUAGUGAAGAACACAAAGACACCAAAGAGAAGAGUUUCGUUGUGGAAGAAGAUAGUGAUGAUGACAUGGAAGAAACUGAAGAGCCAAAACCCACCGUGGAGGUUGAGGAAGAAGAAGAGGAUGAGAUUGUUGAAUCUGAUGUUGAGCUUGAAGGAGACACUGUUGAGCCUGAUAAUGAUCCUCCUCAGAAAAUGGGAGAUUCAUCAGUGGAAGUGACUGACGAGAACCGAGAAGCAUCUCAAGAAGCCAAGGGCAAGGCCAUGGAGGCUCUCUCUGAAGGAAAGCUUGAUGAAGCAAUUGAGCAUUUGACCCAGGCAAUAACGUUGAAUCCUACAUCAGCUAUUAUGUAUGGAAACAGAGCCAGUGUCUACAUUAAGCUCAAGAAGCCAAACGCUGCUAUUAGAGACGCAAACGCUGCAUUGGAGAUUAAUCCUGACUCUGCCAAGGGAUACAAGGCACGAGGUAUGGCUCACGCCAUGCUUGGAGAGUGGGCAGAGGCUGCAAAAGACCUUCACCUUGCAUCUACCAUAGACUAUGAUGAGGAAAUUAGCGCAGUGCUCAAAAAGGUUGAGCCUAAUGCUCAUAAGCUAGAGGAGCACCGUAGGAAGUAUGAUAGACUACGCAAGGAAAGAGAUGAGAAGAAGGCUGCCCGUGAUAGACAACGUCGCCGCGCUGAAGCACAGGCUGCCUAUGAUAAAGCUAAGAAAGAGGAACAAUCAUCAUCAAGCAGAGGAGGUGGUUUCCCUGGCGGAUUCCCAGGUGGCUUCCCUGGAGGAAUGGGAGGUAUGCCCGGCGGUUUCCCUGGAGGAAUGGGAGGUAUGCCCGGCGGUUUUCCUGGAGGAAUGGGAGGUAUGCCCGGCGGUUUUCCUGGAGGAAUGGGAGGAGGUAUGCCUGCCGGAAUGGGAGGAGGCAUGCCUGCCGGAAUGGGAGGAGGCAUGCCUGGAAUGGGAGGAGGCAUGCCCGGUGGUGGUGGUGCAGGUGCUGGUGGUGCUGGUGCAGGUGCAGGUGGUAUGCCGGGUGGUAUUGACUUCAGCAAAAUAUUGAAUGAUCCUGAGCUAAUGACGGCAUUUAGCGACCCAGAAGUCAUGGCUGCUCUUCAAGAUGUGAUGAAGAACCCUGCGAAUCUGGCGAAGCAUCAGGCGAAUCCAAAGGUGGCUCCAGUGAUUGCUAAAAUGAUGGGCAAGUUCGGAGGAGCACCUAAGUAGAAGAAACAAAACAAGGAGCUUUUGUCUUUUGCAAUUUAUGUGUUUAACUUCAUUAGAUGAGACGUGGAAUAUUUUUUAAUUGGCGUUUUCUUUGUCAGAGAAAUUUGAACAAAAGACAAAACUAUUUACUCUUUUUUUUUAUGGACUA